AUGGAAGAUAAUCAUGUCAAACGGGUAGAAGAGACUAUCACUGCAACAAAUCACAGGGAUGAUGAAAACACGGAGAAAAUUGAGAAGAGCAUGAGCUCAAGCGAAAUGAUGAAAUUAUCUCAACCGCCUAUCAUUUCCAUCGCAGAGGAGAAUCAGAUCCGACAUCUUACAGGUUGGAGGCUAUACUUACUCACCACUGGUCUUUGUCUCAGUGUUUUUCUGUCUUCACUUGACAUAACCAUCGUCAGCACUUCGCUAGCUGCGAUUGCAAAUGACUUUCAUGUAUCUGAUCAGGCUUCGUGGAUUGUUUCCAGUUAUCUUCUUACAUAUUCCAGCUUUAUAAUUGUAUGGGCUAAGCUCAGUGAUAUCUUUGGGAGAAAGACAUUUUUGACUAUCGCACUUGUGCUCUUCCUUUUAUUUUCAGGCGUAUGCGGAGGCGCCAAAACAUUGAUUCAGCUGAUAAUAUUUCGAGCAUUUCAGGGAGUCGGCGGCGCGGGAAUUUUUGCCAUGACACCAGCUAUUAUAGCAGAGAUGGUGCCUUCCAACAAAUUUGCUAAAUACAAUGCGCUUGCCUCAUCUGCUAUUGGUAUAUCAUUUUUGAUGGGUCCAUUAGUUGGGGGGGUAAUUAGCGACAGAUUGAGCUGGAGAUGGAUAUUCUUUAUCAAUCUUCCAGUUGGAACAGUCGCGGCAGUCCUUGCCCUAGUGUCUAUGCCAACAAAUUUUCCAAAUCACCAGCAGCCUCUGCAACGAGAGCACUCAUUGUUUCGUGAUGCUUCCAUACGGAUCGACUUUCCCGGGUUUCUAUUAUUUUUGAUAUCUAGUCUCUUGCUCGUCUGUGCGUUGCAAGAAGCCGGAACUGAAUAUGCGUGGUCUUCUGCGUUAGUGAUCAGCUUUCUUACCAUCUCAGCGGUUUGCUGGAUGCUAUUGUUCGCUUGGCAAAGAUUCAUUGCAAAGCGACAGAGCGCAAGGGAGCCUGUCUUACCAUGGAAAUUUCUUAAACAUAGAGUACUAAUGGGCGCUUUUUUAACUGCUUUAUUUGCUGGUGUUCCGUUCACAGCAAUAAUAAUUGAAUACCCUCAAAGAUUUCAAGUCGUCAACUGUGCGUCUUCGUUGAAUGCGGGCGUGAGACUGCUGCCAUUUUCUCUUCCUUGUGCUCUUGGAUCCGCACUCACUGGCGGUCUAACUUCAAGCUUGAGGAUACCUCCAAUUUUUGUUGUGUUAGCAGGGACGAUUUUACAAACAGUUGGGUUAGCUUUAGAGUUUUCAGUAAAUACUUCUCUUCGUGUGCCAGCACCUCAGUAUGGAUAUGAGGCACUUGUUGGCUUUGGUGUUGGCCUGACUCUUACAACUCUACUGUCAAUUGCCGGAUUUGCGGUGGAGGGUCCUGAUCGAGCCGUUGCUCUUAGUGGCGUUACUCAAUUGCGUGUACUCGGUGGGACAGUGGGCGUAUCGAUGGUCACCAAUUUACUGAAUAGUCAUGUCAAAGCAAGUUUGGCAUCUAUCUUGCCGCCCUACGCAGUUCGGCUUAUUCUUGAAACUACUCAAGCCAUUGAAUUUCUGGAUCCUCCUACUCAGGACAAAGUAAGACUCGUCUUCGCUGAUGGGUACAAAAUUGGAACUGGUGCAGUUCUGGGCUUUACCACAUUGCAAUUCUUGUCGAUUCUCCUUAUGUGGGAAAAGACGCCCAGAAAGAUUCCAAGAUAG